AUGGACGCUAAAUCACUCUUACGAGCUAAAAAAGCCGAAUCUCGGAUCACCCAUCCUUACGCAGCGUAUAACAAUGCAGGUGUAUUGAGAUGCUCGAUAUGUGCUGUUCCAGUGAAACAAUGGGAUGCCCAUUUAAUGACUAAACAACAUCGUCAAUCGGUCGCACGUGAGAAAGCCGAACAGGAAAAAGCUCUGAAAGCAAAAACAAAGAGUAAAAGACCUUUAUCGCAAUCUACGGAUAUCGAUGGACAGGGACAGGGACAAGCAGGCGAAUCGUCAAAGAGAGCAAAAAUACAAGCCACCCAUACUGAAGAAGAUGAAGAUGACGAUGAAACUGGAUCGGGAGUGGGAGGACUACCAGCUGGAUUCUUCUCUUCUUCCAACCAACCCAAACCUAUAUCGAGAUCACCUUCUCCCGGACCUCAACAAUCACUUCAGCCGACGGGAGAUACGGAAUUGGAUGAUUUUUUAUCUUCACUGAAUGAUGAUACUCCUUCAUCGGCUGCGCCAAUUACAGCGCAAAGUCAGACAAAGCAAAUAAAUGGGAAGAGAAAGACGUACAAGGAGAUCAUACCUUCUCAAACAUCUUAUGAAGCUGCUCCGGUUCGCAUUGCACCGACGACGCAGGAUGAUCAGAAAGAUGCUGUACAGGAAGAAGCGGAACCUGAAGAGAGUGAACAGGAAAGGAAAGAGAGGUUGGAGAGGGAAGAAAGGGAGGAGAUUGUUAGGAGGUUGGAAGAGGAGGAAAGAGCGCAGGAAGAUGCGGAUUCUCGCGUAGCGUCGCUGAAAGCUCGAAUGGAAAUGUUGAAGAAAAGGAGAGAAGCGAAGGGUCACAAGCCUAAGAUCGCGAAUACGAAUGGUGCAUAG